AUGGCCCAAGAAGUUCUAGACGAAGCCAAGAGACAAGCUGUCACCUGGCAACUCAAGGCAUUAACCGAACAAGCCGCUCGUGAACUUCGCCGUCCCAAUCGCGGACCACCAACAUGUCGCUUCUGCAAGAAAGAACAUCCUACUUCGGAUUGCAACGUGAUCCCUCAACUCAACAAAAUACAAGAAACAUCACGACUCCACAUCUGUCGCAUCUGUUUGACCUCGGACAGCCACCACCCAACCAACUGCCGUAAUUUGCGCAAUUCACAACUGCUUUGCAAACACGUCGAAUGCGGAAAACGAUACCACAUUCACCACAUCUCCAUCUGCCCAUACACCAUGGUAGAUAACAUCUCCAACGAAAUGCAAGAAGAGACAGUACUUCAUGAAGAACCACAAAAGAACGAACCAAUCAUUGAAGGACCUUAG